UUACAAUAGCAACAAGUCUCCACUCUCCAACAGUGCUGGGAGUUCUCACAUUCUCAUAAAAAUCCAGUCUAAUCGGAAGGCUGAAUAGAAAAGUUAUUGUUUCGGUAAGAAAAAUCGUAACGCAGAAUGGCUAUGAUGCUUGGAAAACAAUUGAACCUUCUAAAGGGGCCAUGCAAAAUUGCAUCUGUAAUGACUAAUAAUUACUUUACAACCACCAAGGAAAUCACACAUCCACUGCAAAGGAAACCAAAUAUUGUAUCAGCGGAGGAAGCGGUAGCAUGUAUAAAAUCAGGUGAUACGGUUUUUGCGUCCGGUGCCGCUGCUACCCCAAUAGAUCUGCUCAAAGCGUUGACAAAAUAUGGCCAAGACAAAAAACUUCAGGAUGUUACUGUCUGUCACAUGCACACAGAAGGUCCAGCUGAUUACUGCGCCCCCGAAAACAAGGAUAUCUUCCGAUCGAACUCUUUCUUUAUGGGCGCCAACGUACGUAAAGCCGUAGCUGAGGGACGUGGUGAUAAUAUGUCGAUUUUCUUACACGAAAUUCCACAACUCUUCUACAAAGGCAUCGUGAAGCCCGAUGUUGCGAUCGUUCACGUCUCACCGCCAGAUCGUCACGGCUUCUGUUCGUUAGGUACCAGCGUUGACUGUGUUCGUGCCGCGGCCAAUCACUCGAAAAUGAUUAUUGGCCAAAUUAACAAACAAAUGCCACGUACAUUCGGUGAUGCCUGCAUUCACUCAUCACAUUUCGAUUUUGCCGUUGAGGUGGACACACCCCUGCCUCAGCAUGGUGGCAAGCCACCAAGCGAAGUUGAAAACAAAAUUGGAAAGUUGAUUGCGGAUAACCUAAUUUGCAACGGUGCCACCCUACAGAUGGGUAUCGGUAAUAUACCAGAUGCCGUUUUGAAUGCUUGCCACAACCACAAGGAUCUUGGUAUUCACUCGGAAAUGUUUGCUAACGGCGUUGUGGAGUUGGUGCGAAAAGGUUGCGUUAACAACAGCAAAAAGAAGAUGCAUCAAGGUCGAAUUGUCGGUUCGUUUUUGAUUGGUAAUCAAGCUUUAUACGAUUUUGUCAAUGAUAAUCCUUUCAUUGAAAUGUACGCUAUCGAUUAUGUAAACAAUACUAGUAUUAUUAAGCAGCAACCUUGCAUGACUGCCAUCAAUUCAGCUAUAGAAGUUGAUCUUACUGGACAAGUGUGCUCCGAUUCGAUCGGUACACGUUUCUUCUCAGGUUUCGGUGGUCAAGUUGACUUUAUUCGCGGUGCUGCCGAAGGUCUUGAUGGCAAGGGUGUGCCAAUCAUUGCAUUGCCAUCGGUAACGAAUAAAGGCCAAAGCAAAAUUGUACCCAUAUUACAGCCAGGCGCUGGUGUGGUUACUUCUCGUGCUCACGUUCACUAUGUCGUCACUGAGUAUGGUAUCGCUUCACUCUUUGGCAAAAAUAUGCGUCAACGUGCCUAUGAACUCAUUCAAAUCAGUCAUCCAGAUCAUCGUGAAAGACUCGAAAAGUCAGCUUUUGAACGCCUUAAAGUAAUGCCAUCAUGUUAAACUCGGAGAGACUAAAUCAUUAAUACACACACGUAUAUACAUACAUUAAUACACGUGUAAACAAAAUCAGAAUGCAAAUUGUAGCAACUACAUGCAUAGUUAUGUAGCGUUUUCUUCGUUCUUCACGGAGUAUUGACUAAGAAAUAAAUUAGUGUGAUUAUGUACGUAAACACAAUCACGUUUCUGUAACCGGCUAGAUUAAUAUAGAGCGCAAAAGUGUAGCGUUAAGAAAAUCCUUCGAAAACUGUUAAUGAAUAAUGCGAAAAUUAAUAAGACGAAAAAUGUAUUUAAAAUUGAAAAAACAAGUUUAAUCAACCAUUCCCGAAACAAAACUAUUAGCAUUUUACAUAACGCAGGCACACAUAACAGUAAACAGUAAAACUGUGUUACUGUCAAAUUUAAAACUAAUGGUGGAGCGUAAACUAAAAUCUUAUAAAUCGGAUUGUAAACAUUGUCAAGCGAAAUUGAUUAUUUACUUCUGUGCAAAUUAUUGGUUUUAAAGCGAAUUUUUUAGGACAACAAAAUAUAAUGAAAUAAAUUAAAAUUAAUUAAUUAAAUAAA